CAGGACAAAAUUAUAAACAUAUAAACAUUUUUCGCAUCGUGUCAUAUCACUUUAAUCAUUAUUCUGCCCACAAAUCAAGCAGAACAUUCCGUGCACACAAACUGCAGACGUGCGACAAAUCAAGACGACAUAUAUAGAGAUAGCGAGUGGCGUUUAAUCAAUGUUCGGAUGAAUGCCAGGUAAAGUUAGCUCUUGUUACGAAGCAUUACUACAGUUAUUGUACAUUCAAUGAUUUACACAAAUUCAUCUAAAUCUGGAGCCAUGUUCACACGAAAGCAUCGUGGUAUGAUCCAAACCUCUAUCAUCCUUAUCUUGAUGGUGGGGAUCGGAUACAGCGUCUACUUAUACAACUUAAUGACGAUUAAACUUAAAAAUAUGGAAGUUAAAACACAAAGAUAUCAUUCGCAACACCAGUCUUUGUCAUCUCAACUACAAGUUGUUUAUGAAGAAAGAUCUCGUUUAGAAAGUGCUUUGUUAAAGGAAAAGAACGAACAUAAAAUUGUUAAAGAAAAAUAUGACCAGGACAAGCAGUUGCAUGAAGAUUCUGUUGCAAGCUCGUUACAAGAACAAAAUAUUAAAUACGACUCAUUAAAAGAAGAACACACGAAUUCUAAGAACCAGCUCGCUGAAGCGCGAAAAGCGAUUCAGAGCCUCGAACAACUGCAGCAGACAGCUGAAAAGUCACACAACGAUAAACUUGCAGAACUACAACGCAAACAGGAGCAACUAAACACCCAGAAAGAGAGCGAAUUAUUUGCACUUCAAGAAAAACAUCGCAAAUUGUCAGAUGAUCACAAACGUUUAAAUCAACUUAAUUCCGAUCUACACAACAGGCUCUUGCUUGCACAAGAAAACUCUUCAAAUUAUACAAAACUUAAAACUGCGUUGACCAACCUUGGUUACGAUGCAAUACAACUUAACCAUCCUAACUUUGAAAAGCUGGGUAGUUUGGACCGACAUGUUUUAAUGGCACACCUGGGUGGCAGUAACGAGCUCGCAUCAGCGCUUGAAAUGCAACGGCAACGAAUCGCUUUAGAAAAAGACAUAAGACAAGCCGCCGAGAGAAAGCAACGAAUGAACAAAGAAGCUCGUGACCGAGAACUCGCUUUAAGGGAGCAGAAAAAAGCUGCUCAGGCUCACAACAUAGGGCAUAGGGGGGACAUACAUGCUAAGCCUGAUGCUAAUACUAAUAUAGUGAAUCCUGUUGGUCAAGAUGUCCAAAUUAGUCACCAAGAUAAAGAUGCUCAAGAUCUUGAUGAUGAAAAUGCGGAAGAUGAUACUGAAGAUCCUACUCCUAAUCCUGGAGAUGCAGAUGCUGCUCAUCCACAAGAAAAUGAUGCAGCUCAAAUGGAAAAUGGAUACGAUCAGCAGAAUAAUCAAAAUGACAACCAAGCUGAUUCAAUGCAACAUAACAGAUACAAUGUAGCAGACCAGAGUAAACUGGAUUCACCUGGAUUGGAACCGGAUCCAACUGAACCAGGAACCACUGAACCAGUAAAUAGUGAUCCAGCUAAUAAUGAGGAUGCAGAGACAUAUGAGGAUGAUGUUGUGAGGGAAGAGAACAACGCAAGAAAUGAUGAACAAAGAGCGAGAGAGGAACUGCAGAAGUCCCAGCAAUCACAGGAUGAUGAACAUGUACCUGACCAUAAAGAAGCGUUGGAGCACCUGCAAGACCUACAAGCUAGACAGCAAGAAAUUGCUGAAGAACAACAAAAGAAUCUUGAAGAACUUGCUCAACAGAGAGUAGCAGCUGUAGGACAAGAUAAAAGUGAUACCAAACAUGUAAUAGUUGGCCAAAUAACUGAUGAUGUAGAUUCAGAUAACCCAAGUACAAUUGAACCACAAAAUCUUCAUGAAAUAGCUGCAAAACCACAAAUGCAUAUCCCGCAAGCAGCUCACGUUGCACCUAAUGAUCCUGAAGGUGUUGGUGUCGCUCCCAUGGUUUCCAAUAAUGAUGCGGGCAAUGACAGAGAUUAUCAACAGGAGGAUUACAAUAAUGAAGAAGAUGAAAACAACAACAAUAAUGAGGAUGAUGAUGGUGAAUAUGAGCAAGAUGAUAACUCAUAUCGGGAUGAUAGAGUCAAUCGUGAAAGAGAGGCGUAUGUACAACAUAGGGGGGACCGAAGGAAUCAAGGUUUUUAAACUGUCUUGCCGCUUUUCUGCACUACCCAUAUAUAUUAGUGUGAUUUUCCAUACUUUUUUAUUGCGUCGUUUGUAAGUGCUUCUCAACCCCUGGGCAGCAACCCAAAAAUUCAUUGAUUUGAUCUGGUUAGACCAGUAGUUUGAAAGCCGUUAAACUGUUAUUUAAUGACUCAACUCUGCAUUAAUAGGAGUUUGGGCAUAAAAUCUGGGUCCCCUUAAAUGGCAAGCAAUAGAACCUUAUCCAUAUGGAAAAAAAAAUUGUUUAAAAAAUUAUGUACUUACAUAAAAUUAUGUGUAGUUUUUUUGCAUUGCUAUUAAUGUCCACAAAAUAUUUGGGUUGUGCCCAGUUCUGUUGAGAAGUACUGCACUAAAAGCUUCAGUUUUAUACCCUUAGUGCUGUAGCAUAGAGCCUGUAUGGUUGAGACGUGAAAAUGGUUACACAAGUAUAACUUAUAAGUCACAUACAUGAUACUGAUAUGUAGAAUAGAUAUUAAACAUACCAUACCU